CCUGCAUAUGAAACUAGCAGAGCUUUAGCUCAGGAAAAAAAAGGAAGAGAAGAAACACGAGCUCUACAUUUCUGAGUUCCAGAAAAGCUAUUAGUCUCGCAAAAUUUAGAGCAAAAUGCCGAUGAACAGAAUCGCCAUUGGAGAGCCAGGGGAGGCGAGCCGCCCCGACGCUCUCAAAGCCGCUCUCGCCGAGUUCUUCUCCAUGCUCAUCUUUGUCUUCGCCGGCGAAGGAUCCGGAAUGGCUUUCAGCAAGCUCACCGGCGAUGGACCAGCGACGCCCUCCGGUCUCAUAGCAGCAGCUCUCUCUCACGCCUUCGCUCUCAUCGUCGCAGUCUCUGUCGGAGCCAACAUCUCAGGAGGUCAUGUGAACCCCGCCGUCACGUUCGGUGCAUUCGUCGGCGGUAACAUAACUCUGCUCCGAGCUAUACUGUAUUGGAUGGCGCAGUUGCUCGGCUCCGUGGUGGCUUGCAUUCUUCUCAAGUUCGGCACUGGUGGAAUGAAAACAGCAGCCUUCGCAGUCUCGGCCGACGUGACUCCCAUGAACGCGUUUGUGUUUGAGAUCGUCAUGACAUUUGGGCUAGUGUACACCGUGUAUGCUACGGCUGUGGAUCCAAAGAAGGGUAACCUGGGAGUGAUCGCACCCAUAGCGAUCGGAUUCAUCGUCGGCGCCAACAUCUUGGCCGGCGGGGCCUUCGACGGGGCGUCGAUGAACCCGGCAGUCUCGUUCGGCCCGGCGGUGGUCAGCUGGACGUGGGACCAUCACUGGGUCUACUGGCUGGGGCCAAUGAUCGGGGCAGCGCUUGCAGCCAUUGUCUAUGAUAUGUGCUUCAUUGGUCGCGGCACCCAUGAACAGCUUCCCACUACGGAUUAUUGAGAAAAUAUUUCCAUUUCCUUGGUCUAUUGUCUUCAAUUGCUUCUUCAAGUCUCUCGUCUCAAGCUGGAGGAGCAAAUAAUAUCAUUUUAUGAGGAGGGUAGUGAUUUCUCUUUCUUUUUAUUUCUUUUACUUUGAGAUCUUUUCAGGAGAUGAUGGAACAAGUUUGAUUUGAAGUAGUACUAUGCAACCUCUUCUAUUCUUUCUCUCUCUUUUUCCUUUUUCCUUUUUUUUUUUUUUAAUGUUGAAGUCCAAGAUAAUACCUUGGCAUAAGCAUUUUGUUUAUCAAGGUUAUGGUUAGAAAAAGACUGCUUAGUUGACAGAAACAUAUCGGUCAUCAGGGAAUGAGAUGAAAAGGAUGGUUUCGUUUAAAAGUUUACAUAAAAUCCGUAAAUAAAGUAAGACAAUCCUUUGCAACCCACUGUAAGUCUCAAAAGAUAGAUCAGAACCCACCAUUUCAAUGUUGCCUAGAAGAUUCAACUUAAAAUUUUGACAAGUUCGACAACUGAUGUAGGUAUUAAUUGAUGAUAUCAACAUAGACCGGAAUAAUUGUCAACUAAAUGUAAAGAAAUCCCAUAAAUUAGCAAUCCUUGUGAUUCACCACCCACAUAUAGGAUGGAAUCUACCUUUAACUACUUGCACUCUGUGUUUUGGGCUGCCUAUCCUUUUAGAUCACAGCAUCAAGAAAGAUCCCUAACCUCAUGAACUAAUGGUCUCAUGCACAACCAGGUAAUUACUGAGUCAUUAUUGAGAAAAUCUAAUCAAGUUCCUUCAUAUCUCGAGGAAAUAAUGCAUGGUGCUCAUCCCAUGCUAAAACAAGGUGUCGACAGAAAAGGCAGAUAAAUGAACUCAUUAAAAUGUGAUCUCACUAUGUUUUUAACUACUAGGUUGAUAAUAAAAAGUCCUAUCUCACUUUGAGUAGACACGCCUAGACACCUCUUUUUUUUAUCCCUCUCCAUCCAAUAAUUUCCUCCUUGAUGGACCUAUCCCAAAUCCAAACCCAGCCCAUUAUCUUCACUAAGGCCCAUUCUGUAAGUCAUCAAUGACCGACCUAUAUAGGCAACCAAACUCAUGAGCCCUACCUAAGCACAAUCUAUAGGUCAAUUAGACCUAGAAUGACCCAGCUUAUAUCAGCGAGGAUUUUGAAGUUUAUUGGCUACCCCAUAUACCCCUUUUCAUAUUCCUAAAUUAUCUCUCAUGAGCCCAAGCCCAUACUGGCUCUAUAAAACUUAAAAAAAAAAAAAAAA